AUUGACGCCGGGUCGCCUCUCGAUCUCAUCUUUCCAGUUUAAAGAAGGCGUCGAUGCGCGAGAAGCAAAGGUGUCGCUUCGCCGAUUAGGGUUGUAGAAGAGCAGGGAUCCCGUCGAUGGACGACUCCGAAGACGAUGCCGCCAAUUCCUGUCCCCCUAAGCCUAAUAUCUACCUUUCCUCCUCGAAUCGGCCCAAAGCCCCCUUCGGCGACACCUCCCCCCCUCCUCAGUUCGGCCGUCGUUACGCCGAGCCGGAUGACAACGACGACGAAGAGGAGCAGCAGCAGAACUACCCAAAUCGGCUUUCGGAAGACGAAGAUGAAGAUGCGGUCGGUGGCUACCGACGCGCCAGGGAUUCCUGCAGCGAGGACGAUGAUUCCUCGUCCGAAAGCCGUGCGAAGCGGCGGAGGAUCGAUAAGCUCGCUUUGGGGUUCGAAUUUGCCCCGAGACUGCCCCCGCCGUCCGCGGCGCCCCCAACCAAAGCUCCCACUCGGACCUUGCCCCCUGAAUGGUCGGAAGAUUCGACCUUUGUGCUCUUGGAUGCCUGGGGUGACCGCUACGUUCAGAAUGGACGGAAGAGUCUCCGGGCGGAUCAGUGGAGCGAGGUGGGUAAGAAAGUUUUGCAGGCCUCCAAGAUUCACCGGACGGACACACAGUGCCGGAACCGGAUUGAUACCCUGAAGAAGAAGUACAAAAAGGAGAAGGCAAUUUUGACAUCGCAUGGGAAAUUUGGAAGCAAGUGGGUUUAUUUCAAAAAGAUGGAUGCCUUGAUGUCGCCACCAUCGCCAGUACCAUCAACAGGGAAGCAGUCGCUUCAGCUGCCUCCACGACCAAAGCUACCUUAUGGUGUUGAUGCAGGAGAAUAUGUGUUUGCUAGCUCAAGUGCCUUUCAAGAUCAUUGUAAUGGUAACGGUAAGAUGAGGAACAGUCCAGAUAACAGUGGAAGUGAGGAUUACUCUGAUGGGUUCCCGCUAAAGAGGGAGAAUGUCUCAGAGAGCUCAGAUUCUUCCUUUAGAAUGCUUGCUGAGUCGAUUAAGAAAUUCGGGGAGAUUUAUGAAAAGAUGGAAAAUUACAAGAGGCAGCAGAUGUCAGAGAUUGAAAGAUUGAGGAAGGAAUUCCAGAGGGAUUUGGAGGUGCAAAAAAGACAGAUUUUAGAAAGAGCACAAGCAGAAAUUGCUAAAUUAAGUGAGGAACAGGGUGAAGAAGAUGAUGCUGAACACAGGGAGGAUGACGAGGAUGAUGAUGAUGGUUCUGCUGAGAAUUUGAGCGGGUAGUGUGGCGUAACUUCUGUUGAGGUUAUCUCUGCUUCCCUCUACCUUACUGCCUUUGUAUGAUAGAUGAAGUGAUUGCUUAGCUGCGAUAGGCUAUUUGGGUUGGCUCUGUGUAUCUACAAGUAAAGACGUACGACCAGAUUUUUAUUCUUAGAGUUGUUGUGGAAUGUAUUUUUAUUUGGAAAUAAUUUAAUCAAAUGCCAAGAAUGGAGAACCGCUCAGCCUUUGUAUUUCUAUCGUGUUGUUAGCUAACUUAAGGCAAUUUUAGAGCCAAUGGCAAGAUGCCUGUAAACUUCUACAUUUGCAUUAUUAACUUUAUCAUCUCUCCUUGCAUGCUGAUGAAGGUUGAGUUCAUAACUCUGUAUUUUGUUUAUUCUCAAUAACAUGUUGCAUGAUCUCCUCAUGAAAUAA